GAUCUAUUUCAACUCGUACUCGGUCACACGGUGAAGUGAUGCAUGUCAAAGAAGGGUGUUUUUCUACAUGUACGUGGUAGGUUUUAUGAAGAUCAACCCUGGACUAUGGUCUGUCCUUUUGUCUCUCUGCAGAUGGCUCUUUGUAAAAGAGGAACGCUUUUUCCUCUUGGUUGUGUGUUCACACAUUUCCUGGAGAUUUCAGGACCCGUAUUUCUCCUAAAAAAGGCUGUCCUUCAAAAACAGAGAGGUUGCCACAUCCUCUAACGACCCCGAGUCAUCUUCCCCCACCUGGUCCGUGCACCUGUGCCAAAGCUGCAGUACUGCUCAAAAACGCCUUGCCUAAGGAUCGGGCGGAGGAGCUGAUCAAACGCAGAGAAAAGGACUUCCAGCAAAACAAAGCCAGGACGGAGUCUAUGACCUCCAUCCUCAUACCAGAUGGAUAUCAAUAAAAAAGCAACCCUUCAGCUCGCUCUCGGGGGUGUGUUUGUGUGUGUUCUUGGGUAUCUGUUUUUCUAUGCAUAUGUUGGAAAUCCUGAUCCCCAAGUGCUCCCGUCACGAAAUACAAACAGCAUCCUCACCAGGAGUCAUCUUCCCUCGAAUGGUCGGUGCACCUGUCCUCAAGGAGCGACGCAACUCAAAGACGUCUUGCCUCAGAAUCAGAAGGAGGAGCUGAUAAGGCGCAGAGCGAAGGAGUUCCAACAACACAGAGCCAGGACUGAGUCUGUGUUAUCCUCUCUGCUGUAUGCUCCGUGUAACUCUCCUCUGCAGUACCCUAUCCAGGGUUUCAGAGUACGACCUAUGACCUCCACCCUCAUACCAGGUCUCGCACUGCAUGCAGAACAAAGAAGCAGCUACACGGUCUCCUUGAACGUGUCCAAAGGAGUCCUGGGUACAGUGAUUCCAGCCAAAGGAGCGCAGGUCCAAGGUAAUGGAGAGAGCCGACUGAUGAUGGAGUCCAGCAGUCUGGAGACCCUCAAUGAGCUGCUGGGAAAUGUGUCCUAUACCAGCUCUGCUUACCACAUACACACCGGAGACCUGGCAUCCUUCCAGUUUGAGGACCAUGAAGCUGUGUUUCCCGUUACCAUCAAACAGCCUCAACCUCCAGUCCUGUACGACAUGGGAACAGAUAUCAACUCUCAAGUCACCAUCACCACAAAGACCUUCCUGCGCUACCCAGAACUCCAGAGGUUGUUGAGUAGCAUCCGGCAGUUCUACAAAGACAUAGAAGUCAUCAUCGCAGACGACAGCUUUGACCCGAAGAAAAUUACUGGAGCUCACAUCCAACAUUACAUCAUGCCUCCAGCACAAGGCUGGUUUGCUGGCAGGAACCUGGCAGUCUCCCAGGUCACCACCAAGUACUUCCUGUGGGUGGACGAUGACUUCCUGUUUACCGAGUCGACUAAGAUCGAAGAGAUGGUGAAGGUGAUGGAGGCGAACCCAGAUCUGGACGUGCUUGGUGGAUCAGUAGGAGGCCUCCAGUUUUAUUUCUCUCUCCUCUAUGAGGAAGGAGAGGAAAUGGAAGGUGGCUGUAUGCAAAGGAAGUACAGAGAGAGGUUCCACUCUCUUCCUGGUUACCCACAAUGCUCAUUGGUCAAUGGGGUGGUCAACUUCUUCCUGGCUCGUACAGAUGCCGUUCAGAGGGUGGGAUUCGACCCUAAGCUCAAGAGGGUAGCACACUCAGAGUUCUUCAUGGAUGGCCUGGGAUCCUUGAUGGUGGCAACAUGUGACCACGUGUCCAUUGGACAUCAGAAAAUUGCUAAUGACAAGAACACGCUGCACUACAGUGGGUUCAGACACCCCCCAAAGAGUGACGAGGACUCAAAGCUGCAGCUUCACUUCUUCAAAAACCACCUGAAGUGUAUCCUCUAUGGAAAAUUAUAAAUAAUAUCAGUGCUGAAAACUUCCAUUUGUAUACAUCAUUAACGAUGGUCCUAUUGUCAAGCAAAAAUAAAUCCGCUUAUUUUUUUUA